GUUGUGUAUGUUGAUAUAAUUUAAUUUCUUUUGUCCUGUUCUUAAAAACCACGAAAAGUAUUAAUACAAACAAAUCGUAAAAUUGAAAAAAUUUGACCGCAUAUUUCUAAUCAAUUAUCAACUAUAAAAUAUUGUAUUGAGUGGAAAUAAUAAAAAAUAAAAAAAAAAAAAAUGAACGUGUUAUCAUCAUCAGAUGAUUCUUCGGACGAUGAGGAAACUCUGAGAAAUUUUGAUGCGGAAGCUAAUCUGAUAAUAUUAACUGAUACGUUGCCGAAGAAGUCUGCAGAGAAAUACCUAACAAAUCAUGAGGCCUAUAAAAAAUGGCUACAAGAACACAGAGAUUCUUUAUCUAAUUCUGAUAAAAGUAACCUAAUUGUAUACUUUAAAGAAUUAAGUAAGAGGUUACAACCGUCGAUUAUAUGGUCUACAUGGUCCAUGUUAAAAAAGACAUUAAAUACUAAUGAUAAUAUCGAUAUUGGAAAAUUUCAAAAUUUAAAAAGUCUGGUUAAAAAUAAUUCUAAAGGUUUUAGGCCUAAAAAAUCUUUAGUGUUGAAAUGGAAUGAUGUUAUAAAAUUUAUCGAUGAUGCAUCAGACGUAACACAUUUGGAUCAAAAGGUUAUCUUGAUAUUUGGUAUUUCUGGGGCCCUCCGAUGUCAAGAAAUCUAUAACCUUAAAAGACAAGACGUAGAAGAUCUUGGGAACCGGUAUCUUGUUUCUGUUAACAAUACUAGAAAUGAUGUGCCUCGGCAGUUUAUAAUUGGCGAAUUUUUUUACGUAAGAGUCAAAAAAUACAUAUCAUCGAGACCGAAGGAACCAUUUUCUGAUAAUUUCUUCGUACAGUAUCGCAGAGGAAAAUGUGUUCACCAAAAUAUUGGAAGAAACACCAUUGGGACAACACUUCAAAUAUUGCGUUAUUUCUAAAUUUACCCGAUCCAAAACGUUAUACUGGCCAUUGUUUCCGAAGGACUGCUGCCACAUUGUUGUCUGACUCAGGUGCUAAUACAACUAUGCUUAAACAACUGGGUGGUUGGAAAUCAACAGCUAUAGUCCAAAGCUAUGUUGAGAAUUUAUUAAAAACUAGGGAAAGAAUUUUUAAUAGAAUUACUGGUACAGUUGGUCCUGACGUUAAUAAUAAUUCGAAACCAUCAACUAGCUCAAGCAACUCGACAAUGACAAAUCAUGGAAAUUUACAAUAUGCUGACACUGCUGACCAAGAUUUUGGAGAUGAUUUCAUAUUUGAUGCCGAAGACUUAGUUAAUAUUGAUAAUUUAAAUAUACCCGAAAAAACUAUAUCACCACCGCCAUCAACAACAAUAACGACAGCACGAACACCAACAACCGCGUUUACAACACAUGCUCGAAGAUCACCAUUAGUAACUCAGCCUACACACUUUACUACGAAAUCACCCAUCAACAUUUUUUCCAAACAGCAGAAAAAUGAACCACCAGCAAAAAGAUUUAAAUCUAACUCCCUAAGAACUCUUUCGAAAGAAAAGAAAUUAAAUUUAGCUUCGUACGCAGAUACUCGCAACACUUUUAAUAACUGCACUUUCAAUGGCAACAUUACUAAUAAUUUUUAUUGUUCAUGUAUGCCUAAUAAUUCUGAUGAAUGUGAUGAAAAAUAA